UGUUUAUGUUAUGGCGGACGAAGAGCUGUUGAAUGUGUUGUGAGACUUGUGAAAAUUGUUUUAAUUCUUGUUCGACUUGACAAUGCAGGGAAAACUACAGUUGUCAAAAGACUUACAGGAGAACCAGUGAAAACGGUCUUACCUACAGUUGGAUUCUCCUCUGCUUCUCUGAAGUACAAAGGCUAUAAUGUCAAAAUUUAUGAUUUGGGAGGAGGCCGGCAAAUAAGAGGGAUAUGGCCAAAAUAUUUAAUGGAUGCUCAUGGUGUGAUAUUUGUUGUUGAUGCAAGUGAUAUUGCAAGACUUGAAGAAUGUAAAUUAGCAUUUGAAGGUCUCCUUUCCCAUGAAAAGUUGACAGGGAAACCUGUUUUACUCUUAGCUAAUAAACAAGACUGUAUUGGUGCUCUGGAUGAACUGGAUAUUGCUGAGCGACUAAAUGUGGAAAGUGUUGUAAAUGACCAACGUUGCCCCACACUUGUGGAAACCUGUUCAGCAGCUAUGGAAAGGAGUUCUAAACAGAAAAUAGACCCAGCCAUACAGAGUGGUUACAGAUGGCUUAUGAACUGUAUAAUAAGUAACUAUCAAAACCUAAAUGCUCGUGUUGAGAGAGAUGUCACAGAACAAAAAAUGCUAGAUGCUGAAGCAAAGAAAGAAAGGCUGGAAAGAGUACAGAAACUAAGACAAGAAAGAGGAGAUAUAGCAAAUGAGAAUGGAGGACUUGAUGUAAAUCAUCAGGAGCAUCAGUCCAGUGAUGGUGAUGUGGCCACAGAAAAUCCAUUCCGUCCAAUCUCUCAAGUUGUGGCCAUCGAUGCAGAGGAUGCAGCAAAGAAAGAUACUCUAGAGUUGGUUCAUGACACAGGAUAUCCUAAUGUGCUGCCUGAGACUGGCAACUCCAAAAGAUUUGUAAAACGAGUUAGCAAUGGUAGCAUUAGUUUUGCAGAAGAUAACUCACUGUUUAGCAAAAUACGCACUUCUUUAGAUACCACAGUCCACAAGGCAGUUAAAGCAACAGCCUUGGCUUUAGAAACUGUUGGAGAUCAGCAAAACAGUGAGAGACGUGGGAGUGCAAAGGCAUCUCCCAGCACAACUCUGGGUCCAGUGACUGCUUCAGGUGGAGAUAAAAUAGUCCAGUUACCACCGCUCCGUUUGCCUGGCCGGCACGCAACAGAGCCAUGGGCAAAGCCACCUAUGCUGCGUCCUCCUAGCAGAGAUUCUGCAUGGGAUCUGGAUAAAUCCUUGGAAGUUGUCCCAGCACCAGAAGGAACUGCUGCUCAGAAGGAAGAAAAGAGUUAG